AGUUGAUGCCGGCACAGCCGUUCAGUUCCAAGCAGCAGGCCUUCGCGGUUUCUUGUUCCAAAAGCUCUAUAUAUCAUCCAGAGAGGCAGAAUGGCAUCGUACGCCACCUAUCGUCAUAUAGAAUUGGACAAAGUGGGUUACAGCAAGAAGAGAUGUCGCAAUCCUUCAUCGGAGAUCUUCAAAGUAUUUAGCCCAAUCAGCGACAUCCAGGCUAAAAACCAAAAGAAUCUAGCUUCCAGAAAAGCUUCCCAGCAUAGAGAUUCCUUUGAACGAUUAUUCGGAACUCCUGAGAACAAGAGAACUUCCAAAAAAGAUAUUGUAAAUAGGAAUCCAGUAACUGGAGAUGGUGUAGCUUCCUGGGAUUCGCUUAAGUUCAAAACGCCAAAAAUAUACAAAGAAAGAAACCCAAUUACAGGAGAGACUUAUAUUAUCAGUAGCCCUGCUUCAAGUCCCGCUACAAGUCCAACCCCAACCCCCACCAACGGAUCGCUAUAAAACACUGACUGCCAAAACACUAACGUCAACCCUCGAAUCACCACGAUGACGACACGAGACCCUUUUAGUACUUAAGGAAAUAAUUUUAGAUCUUCCAGAGAGUUUAAAA